AUGACAAGGACUAUGAUAACACGUUAUCCUCCUCAUCCUCUUCUUCUUCUUCAUCACAAGCCAUCAGCAUUCACAUCUCUCACUUUCCCACCACAACACACACCUCAUGUUCGAACAUUCUCACUACCCAAAACGCUGUCGUGUCACCUCUCUCCAUCACACAACACGACUACAUCAUUGCUCACCAAAAUUGACUCCAAACCUUUGCAUUUUGCUCUAUCCGGUGCUCUCUCACUUUGCUUAUUAUUCGGAGGUGCUGAAAUUGCCCAGGCAGCAAAAGCUGGUGUCAAUAAACCAGAAUUGCUUCCUAAAGAGUUUACUACUGUCAUUGAUGUUGCCGGAUUCCUCUCCGACGGUCAGGAGAAAAGGCUAGCACAAGAGAUUUCUGCUCUUGAAAAAGAUACUGGAUACAAGUUGAGAGUUUUGGCACAGAACUAUCCCGAUACUCCAGGUUUGGCUGUCAGAGAUUUCUGGCAAGUAGAUGACAGUACAGUUGUUUUUGUAGCCGAUCCCACAUUCGGCAAUAUACUGAAUUUCAACGUUGGUGCUUCAGUUGAUUUGGACAUCCCACGUAGUUUCUGGAGUCGUUUGGCAGGAAAGUAUGGGAACAUUUUCUAUUGGAGGGAAAAGGGCGAAGAUGCAUCUAUUGAAUCAGCAGUUAUGGCAAUUUCGAAUUGCUUGAGAGAACCAGUUGGGCCUAAUAACUGUUCUGAGGUGAAAUGA